AAACAAGAGUGGACUUGUUGACGAUUUUUCAGCUUUUUGAGAUUGCUUUAUAGCUCUUUAAAGUUUUCAAAUGAGUUUAUUCAAACCAUCACAUGUUUUUGCUAAUCUCCCGGAUACAGCAUCAGAAUUAAACAAGAUGAAUUCAUUUGCAAACGAUGAAAAUCAAAUCACAGAGGCCAAAAUUGACAAUCGUGUAAUCCAAGUUUCCUCUGUUGGAGUUGUUACACUGCCACCUGACAGAUGCAAGCUCACUAUCAGAAUAACAUCCACAAAAGAAACUGUAGCAGAUGUAAAAGAGAGCACUACAAGAAGGCUAGAUUACAUCAUACAGACGCUUCACAAUCAUUCAGUGAAGGACUCAGACAUACAAAUAAACAAGACAAUGAGGAGGUCAGAUACAAUGUACCAACUGGAUGUUGAAGUAACAGCUCUCUUCAUAGAUCUUCACAAAUGCCAGAAUGUGUCCAAUCUUCUAGUGGAGAAGCUUGACCCUACAGUGACAGUGUGUUUACCUGAGUUUUUUCAUUCAUCUGUCACUCUCCAGAAUUUGAGACAACAAGCAAGUUUACUUGCCAUUCAUAAUGCAAAACAAAAGGCUCAAGAGAUGGCUCGCUUUGUAAACCAGUCCGUUGGUCGUCCAAUCAGCAUCAAGGAACUAGAAAACAAAGAAUGGCAGGGGACCGAGGACUCACCCGAUGAAUUUAACACACCCAGGACUUUACAGCAGAAAAUGAACAACUCCAGUGUCACUGUCUCAAGUAAAAUAUCAAUAACAUUCGAAUUGAAACCAAAAGUGAAAAAAUCUGGACCAGAUGCAAAGAGUUAGCACCACAUCACAUCAUAGCAUCAAAUUGUUGGAUUUUUAUUGUUUAGUUUGUUAUUAUUUUGCACCUGUGAUAUAAUUUUAAAUAUGGAUCUGAAAAUGGACUAGAAAGGUUGUGAAAGAAAUUGUUAAUUUCUCUCCUUUAUGUCUUUUUCAUAAAGUGAAAAGGACUUUACAAAUUGAUUA